AUGGAUUCUAAAGAUCUUAUUGGUAGAAUCCUUAACAUAUCAGGGCUUCCAGCCAAGAAGAAAGUUCUAUAUAAUAUUGGAGGAACCCUCCAGAAGGGAUCCUCACUCCUGUACCCUGCCGCCUCUGAGCAAGAGACGCAGCUCCAGGGCCCCUUGGCUUCUCAGGAAGAGACCCCGUAUCCAGCGCCAGCUGCUGCUCAACAAGAAAUCUCACUGCUCUCUCACUCCACCCACCACCAAGAAGCCCCACUCCACUCCCCUGAAGUUCCCGAGAAAGACCCCCUCACCCUCUCCCCCACAGUUCCCGAGGCCGACAUGGACCCCCUGCUCCAGAGCCCAGUUUCCCAAAAGGAGACCCCCUUCCCCAUCUCUUCUGCAGCCCAGAAGGACACGCCACUCCCGACGGCGGAGAUCACCCGCUUGGCCGUGUGGGCUGCCGUCCAAGAGGCGGAGAGGAAACUGGAGGCCCAGGCCAUGCGGCUGCUGACGCUGGAGGGGCGGACGGGGACAAAUGAGAAAAAGAUAGCCGACUGCGAGAAGACGGCCGUGGAGUUCGCGAACCACCUGGAGAGCAAGUGGGUCGUGCUGGGGACGCUGCUGCAGGAGUACGGGCUGCUGCAGAGGCGCCCGGAGAACAUGGAGAACCUGCUGAAAAACAGAAAUUUCUGGAUCCUGCGGCUGCCCCCGGGCAGCAAUGGAGAAGUCCCCAAGGUCCCCGUCACCUUCGAUGACGUCGCUGUCCAUUUCUCGGAGCAGGAGUGGGGGAACCUGUCUGAGAGGCAGAAGGAGCUGUACAAGAAUGUGAUGAGGGGCAACUACGAGUCUCUGGUCUCCAUGGACUAUGCAAUUUCCAAGCCAGACCUCAUGUCACAGAUGGAGCGCGGGGAGAGGCCGACCAUGCAGGAGCAGGAAGACUCGGAGGAGGGCGAGCCGCCCGCAGACCCCAGGGCCGCCCACGACGGCAUCGUGAUUAAGAUCGAGGUGCAGACCAACGACGAGGGCUCCGAGAGCUUGGAGACGCCGGAGCCCCUGAUGGGACAGGUGGAAGAACACGGCUUCCAGGACUCAGAGCUGGGGGACCCAUGUGGGGAGCAGCCCGACCUGGACAUGCCGGAGCCGGAACACGCGCUGGAGGAGUCGGCGGAGGGCUCCGGCGAGUUCAGCGACCUCAAGCAGAUGCUGAUGCAGCAGAGGAGCUGCGCAGAGGGGAUCGUGAUCAAGAGAGAGGAGGAGGAAGAAGAGGAGGAGGACGAGCUGCAGCAGCACUUGCAGGACCUCGGGGAGCUGUCCGGGAGGUACGAAGCCAGUAUGUACCAGUUUAAUUCUAUAUAA